AUGGAAGAUAAAACUGUUUAUCUAUUGUUUACAAAGAAAUGUUUCGAUAAUUAUUUUGUACAUUUUAAUUUUUUUCACGAAGAAUGUUUGAAAGCCACCAUAAGCAAAGCAUUAGGUUUAAUGAUAAUAGUUGGUUCAUUUACAGUUAAACUACCUCAAAUAUUAAAAAUGUUAAAAAAUAAAAGUGGAGAGGGUAUAUCACUGACGGGAUCACUUUUAGAACUUUUAGCAAUAACAUCAUCUUCUGCCUAUUGUUAUUCUAAACAAUUUCCAUUUAGCGCUUGGGGUGAUGGAUUGUUCUUAGGAAUACAAACGGCCAUUGUCGUGGCAUUAAUUUACUUGUAUCAAAAUCGAUUGCAAAUGACAUUGACGUUCGUGACGUUGUACGUUUUUUUUUCUAUUUUAACACUGUAUAACAUGAUACCGUUGUCGGCGUUGUGGAUCGCUCAAUUUUUCAAUUUGCCAAUAAUACUAUUGGGAAAGGGAGUUCAAGCUUUGACGAAUUAUAAAAAUCAAAGCACCGGUCAAUUGUCUGCCACGACUCUCAUGAUGCAAUUCGGCGGUUGCGUCGCAAGAGUUUUCACGUCCAUACAAGAAACGGGUGACACCUUACUAAUCCUCACCUACGUUGCUGCCACCGUAUUAAACGGUAUCAUAUUGUGCCAGUUGUUCUAUUACGCCAAUUUGAAAGAAGACAAAAAACGAGAUGGUAAAACGAAGAAAAAAUCGCAAUAA